AUGUCUCCUCCGUCAAUUUGUUAUGAGUACGCAGUCCAACAACGCGUGCCGUACCCUGAUCUGACACCUACGUCAGUCCGGUUUAGCUCCCGCGCGUCCCGUCGCACGGAUCACUACUACUACUACUACUACUACUACUACUACUACUACUACUACUACUACUACUACUACUACUACUACUACUACUACUACUACUACUACUACUACUACUACUACUACUACUACUACUACUACUACUACUACUACUACUACUAA